AUGGAUCCACAAAUAACAACCUUCUUGCUCCUGCAGCUUCUAAAGACUUGGCAUCCGGAUGUCAUAGCUCUUGCUGGGCUUACCCCAACUGAUUUGUCAAAGACGCCAAAGCUGCAGACUCCACCGUUAAUUGCGAUCCUCGCGCGCUGGGCAGAUGCCCCGGCCACAGCAAAUGAGCCAGAGGGCAAGGAGCUUCCGUGCGGGCACAGAGUCGACGUAUGCUGGAUUUUGACUCGCUCUAAUUUAUUUGGCGACCUGGUUCGGGGACGAAGGCCCCGGUCUUUGGAAUGUCCGCACUGUGAUAUUCAGUACACACUUCCAAUGAUCCCGGAUCCUUCGGUGGUAGACGGUCUUCAGGCUCGGAUAGACCUUAUACAGUGGGUUUGGGCCCGCGGCAAGGAUGCACCAAAUAACGCCGACGUGAAAAUGGUCAGGAUACUUCGAUAUAUUUUAGUCCACAUCGGACACCUACCCCGGAACUUAGAGAUGACCUCGAGCUUUUUACGGGUUGGGCCAAGCCAGCGGCGAUUAAGGCAGACCCUUCGGCUCUUUGAUCAAGUGGGUGUGGCCGGGGCGGUAGGAAAGAUCUACGCAGGCCCAGGGCUGUUACGAGGCACAGAGCCUUUCUGCAAGUUUCACCCUUCAAAGGCACGGCUACCGGGUUAUGCGCAACUCAAGUAUCCUCCUCCUUCUCCAGGUCGAUACUGCGACUGCAAGGAGCCACAUUGGGCACGAGAACCCAGGGCAUGGGCAUCCACACCUGCGGAGGACGAAGAGGAGUGGGGGUUUGCAGUACCUCGGAUCGAGAAGUUCGGAAAGAUUGGAAAGUCCAGACAGAAAAAGAUGGUGAGAUUUGCGGCCCCUGUCAUCACACACAUUCAAUACUUCGAGCCUUGGUGGUGCGAUGAAUAUCGGGACAGCAACCGUUAUUAUUCAUCAGGAUCGUGCAGGACAUCCGUUGAUCGUUCCACUAAACUGGAUGAUGACCGCGAGAUUGCCAGGUUGAAUGCUGAGGCAUUUGCGGCUGAGCGACUCAAGAUCAAACGACGUUUAUGA